AUGUGUAUAAGUAAACUUGAAAAUGGUUUGAUUUUGUUGACGAAACAUAUCAGCUUUCCACGACUGGAAGGCCCUUAUAUAGAAACACCAUCGUCAACAGCGGGCCCUUCCCAACAACAGGUUCUCGACCCGUGGCGAGAAAGCCCAUUGCUCGUUUGCAAGCCUUUGCAAGGCCAUCUCCUGGAGCGCUCUUCGCCCCUGAUGCCAAACGUUAUGACUUCAGAUGUGACGUACCUUGGCACAUUCCGGGGUGAUGACAUCAUGGCAAAAAGCAUAAAUAUGUCACGUGAUAUGUAUCUCUGCCGCCAAAUCUGGGGAGAAGAAGACUAUGGGAUACGAGCUGAACGAAGAAACAGGCAGAAGGAUAUCCAUAACGGCGGUUGUGGCGAGGCGAUCAGCAGCAAGCGAUUCAGAAACGGAAACAUGCAAACAAGGAAUGAUAAUGUCCAGCGAAGAAAGAUAUGCAUGGGGUUCCCAAGAAAGAAUAGAAACAUGAACAUCAAUUAA